AUGGAAAUUGGACUCGAGGAAAAUGCCGACGACGUCUUUCAACAACUUGUUUAUGAGCUUUCACAGAUCGAAUCAUCGCCUUCAGUCCAGGUAGAGCUGACUGUCCGCUCCUCGGAUGAAGUACAUUUUGACGGCUCAUCUGAGCUGCCUGGCGCCGAAGAGCUUACUUCAGAUACCGUCGAAAUUCUUCAAUGCAUGAAACAAUUGCCCAAACUCCUCGUGACAUCCUCUAUAUUCCGUAUACUCUUAUUUGACAUAUCCAUCACGGCACGAGACAUCGCAGCAUCUCUAGCGGUCGAAGUCGAGACACUCGCAAAUCAAGUUGAUAUUUAUGCCGAAAAAGUGGAGCAAGCCGCUCGUCAUGGCAGAUUGUCACCUGAGGAAGUCAAGAUACAUAUUCGUGAGGCUGGUGAUGAUACGGAAGCCUUAGCGGAAGACAAAUGUCGCCAUCUUCGCGUACUUGCAGCUGAAUCUUCGUUCGAACUCAAGGAUAAGAUUCUCUCCCGAGUGAAACAAGUUGAGAAUUGGGCUCAGCAAGAUCCCUUGCAUCGACAGACAUUUCAAACUGUCAUCGCUUUGGCUCAAAAAUAUGCGGACAAAUUCGCCGCAGUAGACGCGUCGAACCCUUCAGCCCUCAGUGUUACACCGGCCAUCUACACAGACGAAAAGACACGACAUAUUCUGAACCUUCUUCAAGUCAUUCUGGAACGCCUCGCUUCCGGGCACACAGUUGCACGCAUCUUAGACGCGUUUUAUCAAAUCAUCUUGGACGUCAUCAACGCACCCGGCGGUGCUAACGGCGAUGUGCGGAAACUGUGCCGUGACCUUGGGAAGUGGCUUGAUCAGGCACUGCAACGGAACAAAUACACGAUGUCAUGGAAUGGAGCCCUUGCGCUGGAGCAGUUGUACGACCGCGGCCAAACAAUCUUCACUUCCGAGUCGCAUUCACAGCUAUCGCUCCACUGCACUACACUGGUGCACGAGAUACAGUCGUUCAUCGAUGCGAUGUUAUCAGAUCGCUCUAUGCGUAGGCUCACCGAUGUCAUCAAUAAUAUCUCUGAUGCGUUGGCUGAGUUUGGUAGCACAGCUCUGUCCCGCGCGAUUCAUAAAACUCGGCGGCGUCGCGCAGAGUUGAAACGCGAUGCUUUUGCAUCGCUGCUGCCACGUCUUUUGGCAACUUUUCGUACCGUUCCUGUCCCUCGCAUGGAGUAUAGGGAUAAAUUCAUUGAUGUGGCUGUUGACAGCAUUUUCUUGACUUCUGGGUCAGUGUCCACUUCGCUCCUUCCCGACCAUCUCGCAUUCGAAAACGGGACGGAACUGCGCCUAGACACUGCUAGUAGUCAGCCUAGCGGAGAUAACAAUCUGAGAACUGCUGCCCACAUGCAUUUACAUUUCGACAGGGCUCGCCUAUCUGCCAAGGGAUUUAACUACUACUUGUUCCCAAAGGGGCUCCUGGGAUACCAAGAUCAAGGGGCUCUCAGCAUUGAUGUGGGCAGCCAGGACGCGGUCGGACAGGGAAUCACGAUGAACGUCCAACCGGAGAUAGAAACGGAUCUUUAA